CGUAAAGUAACAUCUCACGACACCAGAGGAACCAGUGAAUCGAACGUUGUAUCUACUCGGACCCCUUUAGUGUCGCCACACCGGAAACGCGUGCGUCGUUGUUUUUAUUCCCCCCCUCCACCAUGAAGGAGUCCGUCGCGGCUCUCCCGGUGAGCAUGGGGGCUCUGCUGCGGGCGGAGCUCCACGAGGACCACCGGGACGACGCGCUGUGCGUGGUGGGGGUGUUCGGGAAGAGCGGCUCGCAGCUCGGGCCCCAGAAGGAGACGGUGCUCAACAGCCUGGCGGACAAGCACAUGUUCCCGUUGUUCUGCGGGCCGGAGGACGGCGGCUCGGCGGACAGCCGCGUGGAGGCGUUCUACCACCGGGAGAGCCGCGUGCUGUACCUGCUGCUCUCCUCCGUGUGCGACAGCCGACAGCUGCUGCGGGCCUGCGAGUCCCUGGGCGCGGGCACGGGCCACUCGGACGCGCACGACGCGUGGAAGAACCUGGACCGGCAGCACUGCCUCCACCUGCUCUACCUGUUCUCCGUGUGCCACGUGCUGCUGCUCGUGCACCCGAACCAGACCUUCGACGUGACCCACGACCGGCUCUUCCGGGCCCUGGACGCCCUGCGGCAGAAGGUGCUGCCCCUGAUCCGGGCGGCCAUCAAGGACUGCCCGGUGUCCAAGGAGUGGAAGCUCAACUGCCGGCCGUGCCCCCCGAGGCUGCUCUUCGUGUUCCAGAUGAACGGCUCUCUGAAGGUCUCGCCGACCAGCUCCGAGUCCGGAGGAAACCCCGACAAGCCCAAGAAGCACUCCCCCCGGCGCCGGCUGCAGCACGCGCUGGAGGACCAGAUCUACCGCAUCUUCCGUAAAAGCCGCGUCCUCACCAACCAGAGCAGCAACUGCCUGUUCACCGUGCCCGCCAACCAGGCCUUCGUGUACGUGGUCCCGGCGGCGGACGAGGACCCCGUGGGCGCCCUGCUCAGCCAGCUGCGGUCCAACUGCGCCCCGUGCGAGCCGGACUCCGCCCCCGCGGUGACGGGCCCGCGGCGCUACCAGCAGAUGCGGCGCUCGGCGCGGCAGGCCGUCGCCGCCGCCGGAGACCCCGCCAGCGUGCUGCUGGGCGGCCAGCCGGCGGACUGCAGCCUGGGGGAGUUCCUCUGGCAGCACGUGGAGCUGGUGCUCACCAAGAAGGGCUUCGACGACAGCGUCGGGCGCAACCCGCAGCCGGCGCACUUCGAGCUGCCGGCCUACUCCAAGUGGGUCCAGGUGGCCUCCCGGAUCCACCAGGUGCUGGUCGGCGACGCCGAGGAAGACGUGGCGGAGCUGGCCUCCAAGGUGCGGGGCCAGCUGAAGGUGCUGGAGGGGUUCCUCGACGCCGACACCAAGUUCUCGGAGAACCGGUGCCAGAAAGCCCUGCCGCUGGCCCACAGCGCCUACCAGUCCAACCUGCCCCACAACUACACCACCACGGUGCACAAGAACCAGCUGGCGCAGGCUCUGCGCGUGUACAGCCAGCACGCCAGGGGCGUGGCCUUCCAGCGCUACGCCCUGCAGCUCCACGAGGACUGCUACAAGUUCUGGAGCAACGGCCACCAGCUGUGCGAGGAGCGCAGCCUCUCGGACCAGCACUGCGUCCACAAGUUCCACCUGCUGCCUCAGCCAGGAGAGAAGACGGACAUGGACCGCAACCCGCCCGUCCUGAACCACAACAGCAGGGGGCGCUCCACCAGCUCCUGCAACUGUGGCAGGAAGCAGGCGCCCCGCGAGGACCCGUUUGACGCUCAGGGCGCCAACUACGACUUCUACCAGCUGCUGGAGGAGAAAUGCUGCGGGAAGCUGGAGCGGAUCGAGUUCCCCGUGUUCCAGCCCAGCACCCCAGACCCGGCUCCGGCCUGUAACCGGGUCCAGGGACCCCCGAGCGAGGCCUCGGCGUCCGGCGACGCGGAGCGGCUGAAGGAGCCGGGCGCCGCCCAGAGCCACACCCCCCCAGACGCCAGCCUCAGCCUGGCCCUCAGUCUGGGCCAGUCCACCGACAGCCUGGGGCCCUACGGGGACGGAGAGGGAACCGAGACCCAGGUCCAGCAGAAGAGGCCGAGCCUCGUGGACCGGCAGCCCUCCACGGUGGAGUACCUCCCGGGCAUGAUGCACAAGGGCUGCCCCAAGGGCCUCCUCCCCAAGUUCUCCAGCUGGUCUCUGCUCAAACUGGGUCCGGCCAAGUCCUACAACUGCCACGCCGGUCUGGAGCAGCCGGGCUUCCUCCCCGGCUCCUCCUUCCUGCUGCCGUGGGACUUGGUGAUCCGCUCUCGGUCGGAGGAGGACGCGGGUCUGACGGAGCCCCUGGACGGGGGCACCUCCUCGUGGCCGGCCCCCAACAAGACCCUGGUGGGGAAGCGAGGGAGCACCGGGGGUCUGGGCAGGAGCCGCAGGAGGGACGACGUGGCCCGCAUCUUCGUGGGCUUCGAGUACGAGGACGCCCGGGGGAGGCGCUUCAUCAGCUGCGGCCCGGAUAAGAUCGUGAAGGUUUUGGGUCCGGGGGGCGCCAAAGACUCGGCCACCCGGGUGCUGAACACCGACAUGCCGCUCUACAUCCCGUCCCCCUCGCAGGGCCGCGGGCUGAAGGCCCACUUCGCCCAGCUGACCCGGCUCUUCAUCGUGGUGCCGGACGCUCCGCUGGAGGUCACCCUCAACCCACAGGUGCAGCCCGGUCCCCCUCCCUGCCCGGUGUUCCACCCGGAGCAGACGGACCUGGUGUUGCCGCCUGACGGCUUUUGGGUUCUGCGGUUCCCUUAUUCCUACUCGACGGAUCGCGGCCCCUGUUACCCCCCCAAGGAGAACCAGCCCCUCAACAACCACAAGGUGCUGCGAGCCAUCCUGAAGGCCACGACCGCCAGCCCGCCGCCGCAGUGAGGCGGGACCGCCUGGAGGAUUCAGGACCAGAAGGUUUUAGUUUGACAGUCGCUGGACCCCGGACCUCGUCAGGUCAGACCGUGUCAGGUCAGAGACCUCGUUGGACCUCGUCAGGUCUCGUUGGACCUUGUUAGACCUCGUCAAGUCACGUUGGACCUCGUCAAGUCUCGUUGGACCUCGUUAGACCUCGUCAGGUCUCGUCUGACCUCGUUAGACCUCGUCAGGUCUCGUUAGACCUCGUCAGGUCUCGUUAGACCUCGUCAGGUCUCGUUAGACCUCGUCAGGUCUCGUCAGACCUCGUCAGGUCUCGUUAGACCUUGUUAGACCUCGUCAGGUCUCGUUAGACCUCGUCAGGUCUCGUUAGACCUCGUUGGACACACUCUUUUGACAUCCAAACUUUAAAGUCUAAGCUUUCGGCUCAGAGAAUAUUAAUUUUGUACUUUCUGGUUUUGUUUCUCUUUCGGACUUCGAUCCAAAAAAGUAUUUUAUGUUCACGCACGUUGAGAAGUUCUAAUUUAAGGGAAUUAACCUUUUUUUUUUUUUAAAUUAAAGUCUGGACUCUGAAACAUAAAACAGCCUUUUAAUAUAAUUUAUCAUUUAUCAUCGUACACUUUUCAUAAAUUAUGCUAAAAUGUAAUUGUUUGCCGAUAGAAACGCACAUUCAUGUAUUUUUGUGCAGACAAAUAAUGAAUAUGUAGUUAAACACAACGGGUAUAACUGCUGAUCAAUAUUGCGCAAUAACAACAUUUUAUACCAUGAUUUGUAUAAAUAUACACGUGUGUACUGUGUGUACUGUGUACUGUGUGUACUGUGUGUACUACGACGCGGAGUGUUUCUUCAGUGUUUUUCUGUAAAUAAAAACAAGUGCUUGUCAGAA